AUGAUUCUUAAAGAAAAUGUCUCAGAAUAUCAACCAAAACUGAUAAAGAAAAUAAUGCUCAUUUUGUGCUGGAUACUAACAUUUUUUGUCAGUGGGGUAGAAGUUGGAGAGAUUAACUUGCCAGGAUGCUCCCAUGUUGAACCUCAAAUAUGGUACCGUGCAAUUAAUGGUGAGGAGUUUGUUCUACAAUGUGCUUUGCCAGAUAGAGAUGCUACAAACACUUAUAACAACUCACUUCUAAAUCAGCAUAAGGUGAAGUGGUUCUGGAAUCAGAAAGAUAAAGAGACACUGAAGGCUAUCAAGGAAAGCUCAGAUCUGGCUUUCCAAGGGGAUGCACUUUGGUUUAAACCAGUUAGAGACAGUGCUUCUGGAGUGUACAUCUGUAGGAUAUGGGGAAAAAUCCCAUGUCUCAAAAUUGUUUUGGAUGUUCAAACAAAGAAGGCAGCAAAGUGUUCAGGUUAUGACACAAAUAUGGUAUAUCUUCUUGCUGGCAGUGGAAAUUCAAUAACCUGUCCUGGGACAAAAUGUUACAGCCACAUAAAAAAGCCAGAUGUGAAAUGGUACAAGGAUGGUCAUCAGAUAAAAUACAGGAAAAGCAGACCAAGCCUAAAGCUUAAGCAGAAUGAAAUCUACUUGAAUCCAACCUAUGACAAAGAUGCUGGAAUAUAUGUGUGUGAUUACACUCUGUCUGAAAACAUUACCAAGUGGACAGUGAGAACAGCAGUAACAGUAGAAGUCAUUGCAAAAAACACUAUUCAUCCACCAAACCUUUUGUAUCCCAAUGGUGUUGUGAUCCUCGAAGUAGAAGUUGGCAAGCCACUUGAAUUGGAAUGCCGUGUACAGUUUGGGUUUGAAACAAUUUCUCCAAUGAGGGUAACAUGGAAACGAAACAAUGAAGAGAAUGUAAGUGAGAAAUUGAAUCAGAAAACAAGUGUCUAUCCAAAAGGUUUGAAGGGACACACACUUCUUCAUGUUGCAACAUUGAAGGAAGUUACUGAAAAGGACCUCAAAAGCAACUUCACAUGCUUUGCUGAGAAUUCAGUGGGGAAUGCCACUGCUGUGAUCCAACUGAAAAGAAAGCAGAGAGUGUUGUUCUUAUAUGUACUAUGCAGUGCCAUUUCUACUCUAUUUGCAUUUGUUUUGUGCACUGCCUUUAUUUACCAGCACUGGAUUGAAAUAGUGUUGAUGUAUCGAAGUUACCUGGUCCACAACAAAAGUACAGAAGAUGGCAAAGAAUUUGAUGCAUUUGUGUCCUAUGCAAAACUAAACUCUUCUGAAAGUGACUCUGCUUUAAUUAGUGAGGAAAAAUUUGCCCUGGAGCUUCUUCCAGAUAUGCUAGAAAAUAAAUAUGGAUACAAGUUAUGUAUUCUUGAAAGAGAUGUUCUUCCAGGAGGAGCAUACACAGAUGAAGUUGUAACAGCUAUUAAACAAAGCAGACGGGUAAUAAUUAUUUUGAGCCCAGCCUAUGUCAGUGGACCAAGCAUCUUUGAAUUGCAGGCAGCAGUGAACUGUGCAUUGGAAGAUAAAGGGAUCAAACUGGUAUUAAUAAAGUUCCAGGAUUUCCAAGAGCCAGACACUUUGCCUCCAGAAGUGAAGAAAGCACUUCGGAUUUUACCAGUCGUUACUUGGAAGUCUUCCAUUUCUGCUGCUCCACACAAGAAGUUCUGGAAAUACAUGUGUUACCACAUGCCAGUGAAAACUACUAAGAGGCUGGAAAAUUGCAGCCUCAAGGGCUUAUCCCAAAGGUUAUUCAGACUGGUAUACUGA